AGAGUUAAAAAUGGCUGAUCUUUUAUCGACAGAAAACAGAAAAGAGCUUAUGAGGAAUAAAGACGAAGAAGAUUUAGGAAACUUAUGCAAAGAAGAAGAAACUUGUUUGAUAGGAGAAAGGAAUAAUGAUAGAAAAAUACGAAAGCGGAAAAAGAAAACGUUCAGUGCAAUUAAAGAACAGAUGGAAUUCUACUUCAGUGACUCCAAUCUUCAAAAAGACAAGUUUUUGAAAAGUUUAGUAUAUAACAAUGAUGAGAAUUAUGUGGAACUUGAGCUGUUCUUGACCUUCAACAAAAUUAAGAAUUUGACACAUGAUAUUAAAGACAUUAUUAUUGCUCUAGAGAAGUCAGAGUUACUGGAGUUAAAUAAAGCUGGCACUCAUGUUCGACGUGUGUCACUGGUUACAGAAGAAAAAGACUUUGACAGGUGUACUAUCUAUGUUGAGAGACUGCCAUCUCACACUGACCAUGAUUGGUUAAAGUCUGUUUUUAGUAACUUUGGAACUGUAACAUAUGUCAGCUUACCAAAGUUUAAAUCAACAGGAAAACCUAAAGGUUUUGCUUUUGUGGAGUUUGAAAAUACUGAGGCUGCCCAACGAGCCUGUGAGAAUUUUGGAAGUUUUGACAUUGAAAUGUGUUCAACUGAUGUCGAGGAACCAACAGAGGUUAAGAAGACACCAGUUGAAGAGGAAACUACACCAAACGAAGAAAACCAGCAAAAACGUAAGCUGGACAUUGAUGGUUCUGACAAUGAAACACAAGCAAAAAGGCAGAAACUUGACUCCAAAGCUGAUGAAAAAGACUGUGACCCAAGAUCUGAUAAUUUAGUGUCACAGAAAAAUACACAAGAAAGUAAGGAUUUGGCUGUUAAAGGAUACUCAGAAAAGCUAACUAAGAAACAUAAAAAAAAAAGACGAAGACAGCGGAAACAAUGGGCACAUCAGGAAGAAGUUGAAACUAUUGGCUUGAGAGUGAUGUCAAAACUUGAAUGGAAACGUUGGCGAAAUAAAUACCUCUCUCUACAAAAAGCAACAAUGGCACAGGUAAAGAAGGCACUUCAGUUAGAAAAAGACUUCAAUUCAGGAAGAAAACUUGCUUGGCAUAAUGAUGAAGUUGAACCAAUAACAGAAAAAGUCACCAUUGAUAAAGAUCUUAAAAUGGAGAUGACCCCAGGAGUUAUUGUCAAGGUUUCUAGAGAAGAGCAAAUACCACGACCUUCAGAGUUCAAGCAAAAAAUCCAGUCUCUAUCAAAUGUUGCUUAUGUAGACAUGGAAAAUGAUCUGACAGUCUACAUUCGAUGUAUGGAUCCUGAAAGUGCUAAACGUUUGCUUAUAGCUGGGAAAGAAGCAAAACUAGGAGAAUUGUGUGUUUUAGAAGGGGAGGAAGAACGAAAUUACUGGGAAAAAAUCAACAAAGACAGAGAAGCUAGGCUUGCAAUGAAACCAAGAGAAAAGAAAAGGGGCAUGAGUAAAGUCAUCGCAAGAGCUGAGAAGGCUGUACAAAUGAAAAACAAGCAUAUUCGUUUUGAUGACUAGAUAUAGUUUAUGUUUCUUCCCUAUAAUGGGGUUCAUUGUAUGUGAACAUCAUCCAUCACAUGUAAAAAUUGUAUAGUAAUUUCUAUAAACUGGAGAAUAAAAUUAAUGUCACUGU